AUGUCGGGAAAGAAACCAGCUAAAGGCAGGCCAGAAUCUGCACCAACGCCAGUCCUUAAACAAGGAUCAUAUGUAUUCCGUGAUGGAUCAACCUAUAAUGGCGAAUAUGCAGAGGUCAAGAGCACAACUGACCCAGGAACCGUGAUUCAGAGGCACGGAACGGGCACAUUCGAAAACAAAGAGACGGGAUUACUGUAUAUCGGUGGUUGGGAGGCGGAUAAGAUGUCUGGAACUGGAUCUAUGCGGUACUCUGAUAAGAGCUCGUAUGAAGGAUCUUGGAAGGACGGUCUGUUUCAAGGGGCUGGAUGCUAUACGUACCCAGACGGUUCGAAAUACGAUGGUGAUUUUGAUAAAGGAUUGCCUCAAGGACCAGGCAAAGUCAUUGAUGCAAAUGGCCAGAAAUGGGCUGGAUCGUUUAAUGGUGGGAAGGGACUGGGUCUCGUUCCUGAGAUCGCAUGA